UCUCCUCUGCACAUUGCACACAAAAUACAACCCCAAAGCGCGGGAGAGGCACAGCCAGAGGCGAAAUGAGGGAUCUCAGCAGCAUCCAGACCCUGACCCUGACCCUCACCCUCACCCUCACCCUGGCCAUGGCCAUGGCUCUGGGAGCUGCUGCUGUCAGGGAGGCACAAGUGGAGGAAGGAGUGACUGCUCCCCCAGAAAUGUUACGUGAAGGUCAAACAUACGUUUCAGACAAAGUGAAGUAUUUCUGUUACAAAUUCUCAGAUAAACCUGGUAUCAAACAUAUUUGGUCGGCAGUCAAGGUAAAAAUAAACAGCUCCGAGUUGUUUCAGGUUUCCCAUCCGGCUGAGCAGGAAAGCAUUGCCAACGAUCCCAAGACUUUCAUCGACUUUCUUUUAUCCUUGUACUAUGGGAUCACGUCCUCACCAAAAGCACCAGUUUCCGAAGUCCUCAUUAGUAUCGAAUGCUAUAAUUCCAAAACCUGCUUUGUCGUGAACCCAAUGGUAUCUGAUAUGACAUACACGGUGACUGUGACCAGGCGACCGUUUGAACCAAAACUGAUUUUUCGGUUUAUGGCUGGAAUUGUCCUAUUUCUUUGUGCAAGGUCCUUUAGCAGGAGUGUGUUAUUUUAUUACUCUGCUGGAGUUGCACUGGGACUUAUUGCCACAUUAGUCCUGAUUAUUUUGCUUUGUAAAAGACUGAUGGGGGUAAGGCCAUUCUUAUUGUUACUGAGUGGAAGUUGGUCAGUCUCAUUGCUCGUAAUUUAUUUUGGUGUUUUAAACCUGGCGCAAAUACUAACUAAAUAUCGCUACUAUGCACUUGGUUACCUUUGUGUCGUUGGGUGUUUUAGCUUUGCAGUUUGCUACAAGCAUGGGCCGUUGUCAAACGAGCACAAUAUAAAUCUGCUGACCUGGAUCCUCAAACUGAUAGGAUCAGUAUUAGUAUACUCUGGUGUUACUCUCCCACAGUUUGCCUAUGCUGUGCUAAUCACUCUCUUCUGUAUCAACAAUCUGCACCACCCAGCCAACCUGGUCCAUUCUGUUUACAGAAAACUUAAAGGCUCUGCAAAAAAGGCAGCGAAUCGGUUCAUCACUGAAGACGAGUACAGAGAACAGACUGAAGCAGUGACUCUGAUUGCCCUCGAGAAUCUGCGUAAAUAUUGCAGAGGCCAAGAGUUCCCAGCGUGGGAAACUGUGAUGAAAAUGAGUUCUCCGAAACGGCUCGCAGACUUCAUCCUCAAAGGCCAGCAUCUGACUCAGGAGGAAGUGUCUGUACAUGAAGACCAGUAUGGAAUCGGAGGCUCUUUCCUGGAAGCCCAGCUCUUUGCCACAGAGGAAAAUAGCAGAUCAGGCUCCGAGAAUUGGGAAGAUCCAAACGAGGAAGAAGAGACUGAUGAGACUCAGACAAUAGAUUUUAGUACUCUUGUAAUUGAGCAACUAUUCUGAUCUUUUGCUGUGGACAGGAGAAACAAAUGCAGCUUACAAGGCUUCAAAUGGUUAGGUGCUGUAAUGCUGGUGCCUCUCAUAUACAUGGAGAAAGGCUGAGAAGCCACGAAAUGGACUUCUCACUGAAUGAAUAGACCAGAGAAGAACAGUUGAUUUUCUUUAAAAAAAAAUGCACUAAUUGAGUGUAAUCCUAGUAAGCAGUGCUUUUCUUUCAAUACGACUGCGAAACUGUAGGAAUGCAAGGAGCUCUGGCUCGGAAUAAGCUAUUUGUCUGGAUGACAAUGUUGUUUAAAUCUUGAUGGAAAACAGAAAUUUAGUUCGGGAAUUCUCUACUUUUCUGCCUAUUGGUUAAUGUUUCUUUCCAAUUGGUUUAAAGGCUGUUGACAAUGAACUGCUUCGAGAUGUAUCAUUUAUCCUUUAUUGUAUUCAUAUCUUUUUAUGAUUUGGGAGAAUUUAUUGUGCUGAGUUUGAGUUAUGAGAAUUACUGUCAAAUAUAAUGCCUUUUUUUUCAAAGCAAUUGUGGCAGCUAUUUUGUGCAUAGGAACCAAAAAAAAGAAUGACAACUGCCUAAGGUGCCUUCGUAUUAUAAAAUGUAAUGUCACAAAAAAUCUUUUUAUAUUUUAUUAAUAAAAUUUAACAUAUAAUCAGAAUUCUUUUAGCACUAAUACACCUGCAUAUCAUUCAGGAACAUAAUUUACAUAAUUGCUGAAGCAACCUAAUAAUCUUAACAUAUUUUAAUCCGCCAAGUGCUCUAUAGAAUUGAUACAUUUUGUACAUACAGAAGCUGUAAUGCAUUCAAGGCACAUGGUAUUGUGCAAUGCUAACGCAAUAGUGCAUCCUUCACCCAGUAAAAUCAAGUCAAUCCUCAUUACUGCAAACUCACCGUGAUUGAUACAACGGGAGUGACGUCUCCCAACGUUUCAUAAAGCUUUCCUUGCGUUAAAUAACACAAGGGAAGCUUUGUGAAACUUUGCAAACUUUACCCCGUGUGUUUUUGUGCCUUGAGUAACUGCUGGUCAGAAUGAGAUUUCAAGACAGGGCCAGAAAAAAAAGCAAUAAAAAGUGGUUAGAAAUAAAUUUGAAGAAAUCUGAAGAUUCUAUCAUUCUGGCUCUGGCUGGCAGGGAGUCAGAUAGCUUGCUGUGCGUUAUGUUUUCCUAUCAGGAAAUAAUGGGUAUCUCAGAAUCCAUCUCUCAAGAUUCGAUUGAUUGAUUUUUCAAAGAGCCAGCACAGUUACGAUAACCCACAAGGCCUUUUUCUUGCUGUAAAUUUCAAUAGUUUGCUCCAUUCUCUGUUGGAUUACUGGC